GAGCGCCUGCUGGCCGGGGCCUGCCCUCCGAGGGCCCCGGGGCCCGGCCGCCGCUGACCGGCCCCCGCCCCGGCCCCCGCCCCGCGCCAGGCCACGAUGCUCAUGAGGAAAGUGCCUGUCUUCGUCCCGGCCUCCCCGUGGGGGCUGCGGCUGCCGCAGAAGUUCGUCUUCCUUCUCUUCCUCUCGGGCCUCGUCACCCUGUGCUUCGGGGCCCUCUUCCUGCUGCCCAACUCCUCUCGCCUCAAGCGCCUCUUCCUGGCCCCCCGGACCCAGCAGCCCGGCCUGGAGGUGGUGGCCGAAGUCGCCGGCCACCCGCUGGCCCGCGAGCCGGAGUCGCCUCCCAACCCGGCCCCCGCCGUGCCCGCCCCGGGCGGGGGCGACGCCAGCAGCCAGGCCAGUCCCCGCCGCCGGAACGCGUGGCCGCGGCGCCCCCACCCCACCGGGGCUCGGGAGGCGGCCACGGCGGCCCGGGGCGGCGGCGGCGCGGCCCUCGGGCCCCAGGACGGGGGCGUCCCGUUUAGCUUUGACUUCAGCGCGUUCCGGAGCCGCCUGCGCCACCCGGUCCUGGGGACGAGGGUGGACGAGAGCAAGGAGCCCCAGAGCCUGGUUCGGGCCCGGCGGGAGAAGAUCAAGGAGAUGAUGCAGUUCGCCUGGCAGAGCUACAAGCUUUAUGCAAUGGGGAAAAAUGAGCUCCGGCCACUCACAAGAGACGGCUAUGAGGGCAACAUGUUUGGAGGCCUCAGUGGGGCAACCAUCAUUGACUCCCUUGACACCCUCUACCUCAUGGAGCUGCAGGAGGAGUUCCAGGAGGCCAAGGCCUGGGUUGAAGAGAACUUCCACCUGAAUGUGAGUGGAGAAGCAUCCUUGUUUGAGGUGAACAUCCGGUACAUCGGAGGACUCCUCUCAGCCUUCUACCUGACUGGAGAAGAGGUGUUCCGAGUAAAGGCCAUCAAGCUGGGAGAGAAACUCCUACCAGCCUUCAACACCCCCACGGGAAUCCCAAAAGGUGUUGUAAACUUCAAAAGCGGCUCCAAUAGGAGCUGGGGCUGGGCCAUGGCAGGGAGCAGCAGCAUCCUGGCUGAGUUUGGAUCCCUGCACUUGGAGUUCUUACACCUCACCGAGCUCUCUGGCAACCAGGUCUUCGCAGAAAAGGUCAGGAACAUCCGGAAGGUCCUCAGGAAGAUCAACAAGCCCUUCGGCCUCUACCCCAACUUCCUCAGCCCAGUGAGCGGGAACUGGAUGCAACACCACGUCUCGGUUGGAGGACUUGGGGAUAGUUUUUAUGAAUAUUUGAUCAAAUCCUGGUUGAUGUCGGCCAAGACAGAUGUGGAAGCUAAAGAGAUGUACUACGAAGCCUUGGAGGCAAUAGAGACCUACUUGCUGAAUGUCUCUCCUGGGGGGCUGACCUACAUUGCUGAGUGGCGAGGGGGGAUUCUGGACCACAAGAUGGGGCACCUGGCCUGUUUCUCUGGGGGCAUGAUCGCCCUCGGCGCUGAGGAUGCCAAGGAAGAAAAGAGGGCCCACUACCGAGAGCUCGCAGCCCAGAUCACCAAGACGUGCCACGAGUCGUACGCCCGCUCAGAUACCAAACUGGGGCCCGAGGCCUUCUGGUUUAACUCCGGCAGAGAGGCAGUGGCCACACAGCUGAGCGAGAGCUACUAUAUCCUGCGGCCCGAGGUGGUGGAGAGCUACAUGUACCUGUGGCGACAGACCCACAACCCCAUCUACAGGGAGUGGGGCUGGGAAGUGGUGAUGGCCUUGGAGAAAUACUGUCGAACGGAAGCUGGUUUCUCUGGAAUCCAAGACGUGUACAGUAGCAUCCCCAACCACGACAACAAGCAGCAGACUUUCUUUCUCGCGGAGACACUAAAGUAUCUCUAUCUUCUGUUCUCUGAAGAUGACAUGCUCUCCCUGGAAGACUGGGUGUUCAACACAGAGGCCCACCCCCUCCCCGUGAACCACUCAGACAGCUCCAGCAGGGCUGGGGGCUGACCCUGACCCGUCUCCCUGCCGCACCGGGGCCCCAAGGGCUGCCUUGCCUUUUCAGGAUGCGGGACUAUUCUCAAAGGGAUUGGGAACAUAGGCCCCAUUCCAGGCAGACCCAGGGCAGAUGUGUCGGACGAGCAACUUCUUUUCCUCUGUGAGGAGACAGGACUUGGAGACGCAGCGAUGUCACCCCAGGCCCAGACUUUCCUUUCUAUGGAGAAUUUCUAUGAAACCCACUCCCUUGCCAUUCCAGGGCCCAGUGAAUGAAGGUUUGCAUAUUGUCCCCAUGUCUUUGAUUCACUUCCUCUCAUUCGGGGAGUGUUUGUUUUGCUUGAUUUUGCCUUUUCUCUGCAGUUGUGUUUUAUCACAAAUUAUAAAUAUAGUUUCAAAAUCGUGUGCUUUUGAAAGCAGCAGCAUCUUGAUAAACUAAACCUUAAGGUGUUUGCACACUCAAACCUUGACCCCAUUUUCUAUAUUUUAAAUACCUUUUACCCAACAUUUACUAUACGUUCAACUAUGUGGCAUUACCUUAUAAUUUGAGGAGGCAUUCCCUUUUGAUUUGGGCCUAAGUGUUAACAAAUCACUAGUGCUAUUUUCAUUAUUGUAAUGGAAAAAUCUGUAAACUUACAAUAAAAGAGUUUAUUGAAUAAGAAA